AUGCUCAGAUUUACAUCUAAUUUUGCUAAAAUAUGUAAGCAAGGAUAAGUUCAACCAAUUUCAUUCUUAAGAAGAUAAAAUCCUUCAUUUUAUUUUAGUGCUGAAAAGUAGAAGGAUGAUGCCAACUUAAAAAAUUAAUAAGUAUAAGUAGAUUCCUAAGAUAGGCUGAGUGUAUUUAGAAACAGUCUAAUUACUACAGGAAUUGCAGUUACUGCUACACAUUUUACUUCUAUUUCAACCUUAUUUCUAGGACCAAUUAUCCUCUUUCCUAUUGGAGGCUAUUAUACUUAUAAAUACUUGUACAAGCUUGAGCGUAAUAGCUUUUUCGAGUUUUUUUACUAAUUAAGAUAAAUGAAUGAUGCAAAAAGUAGUCCAGCUACUUUAAAAGUAAUAGAUUUCUUUGAGAAAGUUCUCAUAGAAAGAUUCGGAGAAGUCGAAAAGCUUGAUUAACAAAAAAAGAAGCAAACUUUAGCAAAGCUAGUUCUAAGUUUAGCUGCUUUUACUUCUAUUUUUCAUGUCCUUUAAUCAUAUUUGCUAGUUCUAUCAUCAGGAUUAUUUUUUUAUAGUGCUUAUUCACUAAGUAAAAGCUUCUUUAAAAAUUAAGAUGCUGUAGAUAAUGAUUUUACAUCACUUAAAUGGGCAAUUCUUAAAAUAGGUCUUCCAAACUAUCUCCUUAAUAUAGGUGUGGGAUUUGCCUCUUUUGUUGCUACUGGAAACAUGAAUUUUUUUUGUCCAGUUUCUUCCUUGUUUUUUACAGCUUUUUGGACUUGGGGCUUGUACAGAUUGAUUAAAGAAUCUGAUCUUUUCCAUGGAGGAUAAAAUAAAAUCCAUUAAGACAACAUAAAUCUAAGUAUUUCUCCAUUUUGUUAUGUCACUUAGCUCAUUGAUAUAUUUAUCUUGUUAAACACAAGAACAGUCAUUUACACUGCAAUUAAAGAAAACUAUAAAGAAUUAAGAAAGUUAUUAAACAUUUGA